AUGAAGUCUAAGAAUGAUGCUAUUGAGAUACUUCGUAACAAAACUAAACUGGAUAAACCGUCAAAUAUUAAAUCAGACCAAACUGCCAUGCAACGCGAGUACUUAAAAUACCUCCGUGAUGAAUUAAAGAAUCGUACUAAUAAUGGAGAACAAGAUCAAUAUACGAGGUUUCGCCAGGGUCACCAGCCAUCUACUUUAGACCUAAUCUUGACAAACGAUGAGUCUUUGAUAGUUGGAAUUAAUUAUGAGGCCGCAAUUGGGAAAAGCGAUCAUGCAUGCUUAGUAUCGACUAUACAGUUACAAACACAACAGAAUAGGCAGCAAUCUAAAUCUAAAAAGAACUUUAAUAAAGGAGACUACAACAAAAUCAAAGAAGAAAUUCACUCCGGCUUAAAAAAAAUGUUUAAAGAUGUACUUUGUCCAGUUGAACAGUUUAGAAUAAUGCAUAAAACAAUAACUAAUGCCAUAGACACACAUGUUCCUCUUGUAAAAACAUUUAAUAACGUAAAUAAACCAUGGAUAAAGUAUGACUUAUCUGCGUUAAUAAGGGAAAAAAAAAUUAUUUGGAAGAGAUAUACUGUAACAGGGUCAGAUAAAAUCUAUAAGGAACAUAGGAAGCUAAAUAACAAACUGACUAAUUUAAGGCGCACGGCAAGGGCAGUUUACGAAAAUCAACUAUUAGAUCUAGGACCAAAGAAAUUUUACUCGUACAUCAGGCAGCAAAUCACCUCUAAAGUUAGUACACCAAACAUUUUACGGAAAAGUAAUGGGCAAUCUGUGACACGUUCUAAAGACAUAGCGGAAGUAUUUGCAGAACAUUUUUCUAAUGUAUUUGAAAGAGAACCACUAGAAGAACUUCCUGCGCUUGACCCAAACCUAAGAGCAACUGAAGUUAUGGAGGACAUCAUGUUCACAGAAUCCAAAGUACAAGCUGCUAUCAAAGAAAUGAAUAUAGACUCUUCACCUGGCCCCGACGAAAUACCCGUACAAUCAAAUUAUAGUUACCUAGCAUCAGUAAUGCAAAAAUCAUACGACAAAGGAGUUUUGCCUUAUUUAUGGAAAACGGCUUUAGUGACUCCUGUUUACAAAAAGGGAAACAAAUUAGAUCCUGCAAAUUAUAGACCGAUAAGCUUAACUAGUGUGGUGUGCAAAGUCAUGGAAAAGAUAAUAGUUAAGCACAUGAGACAGUUCCUUAAAAAACAACAAACUAUUGGUAAACAGCAACACGGUUUCUGUCCUCAUAGAUCAACGAUUUCCAGCUUGAUGUCUUGCUUAUCAUCCUGGGUCAACAGUCAAAAUGAUCGAGAACCAAUAGAUGUUAUAUAUCUGGAUUACGAAAAAGCUUUUGAUAAAGUACCAAUAGGCAGGCUUUUACAUAAAUUGGAGAGCAACAAAAAAAACUCAGAGAAAUGGAUAAAGUGUUGGCAAGACUGGCGCAGUGACGUUAAAGCUAAAGCUGCCAAAAUCCACUGUGCUCAGCAGCAGACUGGUGGAGGGCCUGGACCUGCACCCUUAUCUGCCACGGAGGAAUCUCUAAUGGCAUUUAUUGGCCAUGAAGCAGCUGAGGGCCUUACCGUUGCCGAUACCUUAGAGGUACUACAAAUUCAUAUUUAA